UCUUUUAAACAGAUUACAGCAAUGUCACACUGACAGAUACCUAACCUUCAUAUGUUUGUGUUCAUAUGUAUUCGAUUUAUUGAAAACUUAACUUUUGUUCUUCCUCAUUUUUUUACUAGUUUAAUUAUAACAAUAAAUUUAUACAUUAAGAUAAAAUGAGUUCAAAAGUAGGCGAUUUAGGUAAAAAGCUCGUCGAGCAACUAAAAUCCAAAGAAUUUCGAAAUUAUUUAAUGAGCACUCAUUUUUGGGGACCAGUGGCAAAUUGGGGCAUUCCUUUAGCAGCUAUAGCUGAUUUUGGCAAAGAUCCUAAAUAUAUCAGUGGAAAAAUGACAAUAGCUUUGUGUCUCUAUUCCGCUAUGUUUAUGAGAUUUGCUUGGAAAGUGCAGCCUAGAAACAUGUUGUUGUUUGCAUGCCAUUUUACAAAUGAAGGAACUCAACUAAUUCAAUUAACAAGAUUUGUUAAUUAUAAUUACACAAAAAAAGGCGAGGAAGAACAAAAGUAACAGUAUCUUCGGUAUUAAGCAUCCGGGUACUAGGUUUCAAAGUACAGGUUACAGUACAGGUUUAUAGAAAAAAUUGUAAAGCAUCAUACCAUAAAAUAGUUUGUAAUUACAUCAAAGGAAACUAAAACUAGUCAUUAUAAAUAGAGGUAAUCUCAAAAUAAAAAAAACUGCUUCAUAGAUAUUGAUAUUUAUAAAUACCCAUAAGACUAUAUUAUGCAUAAUGUUAGAGACAAAUGGAUAUAUUUUAAAAACUUAUGGACCAAAGCAUCUGAAAUGUGCUCAAAUAUACUUUUAUUUACCUCAA